AUUCUCGUCAUCGAGUCUGCUUCCAGACACACGGGCUGGAAGGACUGAAUAAGGAAAUCGAGAUGGAACUGGGUCGAAUUUCUUCUAGAAAUCUUGGUCGUGAUGACAGAGUUAUUGGUGAUCAUGGAAAAGAAGCAAGAAACUUCAAAAAGGACACACUAGAAUUAAUUAGAAAUGUUAAGAUUGCCCAAAAAAGGAGCACCUAGAUUUGAUCAAAUUCAAGAUGAAGAAACUUACCUGGAGAAUUUAGCAGUACAGAGAAAUGCUUCUGCUUUUUUUGAAAAAUAUGAUCGGAGUGAAGUACAAGAGUUGCUGACUACUGCACUAGUUAGCUGGUUGUCUGCCAAAGAAGAUGUCCACUCUCAACUAGACAUCCCAUGUGGAAUUAUGAGUCAAAUAAAUAAUGUAGCCUUCUCCACUGCAAUCCUACUGACUCCUGUAGACCCUACUGCCCUCUUAGACUAUAGAGAAGUCCAUCAAAUCAUAAGGGAAUUGGCUGUUGGAAUUUAUUGCUUAAAUCAAAUUCCUUCAAUCAGUUUAGAAGCUAAUUAUGAUCAGAGUUCUUCUUGUCAAUUACCUCCAGCUUAUUAUGAUACCAGAAUUGGGCAAAUUCUGAUCAAUAUUGACUACAUGUUGAAAGCACUAUGGCAUGGAAUAUAUAUGCCCAAAGAAAAACGAGCUAGAUUCUCUGAAUUGUGGCGUACCAUCAUGGACAUUGAUCCAGAUGGGAAGCCUCAAACAAAUAGAGAUAUUUUUGCAGAGUUUAGUUCAGCAGGUUUGAUAGAUAUUACAAAGGAUCCAGACUUUGAUGGCAUCUAUGAUGAAGACAUGAAUGAAGAUCCAACAUAUAAUCCCAAUAGCCCUGAAGAAAAAGCUGUAUUUAUGAAAUAUGCUGAAAAUAUUCUACUAAAGUUGACAUUCAGUACCACACAAGUUCAACAGUGUGAAAAUGUUUUUAUAUUUGAAACAGCCUAUUGGCUUACUAAUGCUGUAAGAUAUAAUCAGGAUUAUCUUGACAUUUGUACCUACCAGAGAUUACAGCAAAGGUUAUAUCUUCAAAAAAAGAUUAUUCAAAAACACUUUGAGAAGAAAAAAGAAAUCAGGAAAGGGAUAGGAUACCUAAAAUUAAUAUGUUUUCUGACUCCAUUUCUACUGAGUUUAAAAAAGAAGAUGAAAGUUCCAUAUUUAAGUAGUCUGCUUCAGCCUUUUUCAGAUGACAAGGUCAAGACAGAGCGAGAAUUGCCUCCAUUUAUUUAUGGACGAGAUUUUAAAUGCCAGAAUUUUCACUACAAAGAGGAUGAGUAUUUUCACGUUCAUGGAGGAAUUGAAUUUGAUAUCAGCACUCCUUCAAUUGAGAAUGCUUUGGAAGAUUUUAAGAACAAUUUAGAAAAAAUACGGGAUUGUGCUGCUAAUACGUUUGCAGAAGAUUCAGGAUACAAAGAAUAUUACUCAAUACCAAUCAUGAAAUUAAAUGGAAAAAGCUACUAUGUGAUCAGUUUUGAACUUGAAAUUUUCUAUCAGCAACUAUAUAAGACAAAGUGGUGGGGAGCCAUAAAUGAAAUAGUGAACAAUCUGAGACUGAAAAGACUUCCACUGACAGAUGCUCAAUUACAUGAACAAUUUAAGAAAAAAUUUGGUUUCAAAAAAGCUAUGAAAUGCAAGAGUAUCCCAUUUGGUAUGAAGUCUGCUGCUGAAAGAGGAUUAUCUGCUGUUUUCCAUACAUUUAGCCGUAAAACUUCAAGUUCGACGAUCAAUGUUUCAGAUGAGGCAGGUUAUGCUAUUUUCCAUCAAGCUGCUCUACACAACAGAGUUCCAAUCAUAUGUCAACUGUGCAAUGCCAACUUCAAUGUUAACCAGAGACGCUUUAUUAUACUUAGCCAAGAGUCAUCAAAACUAGACAUGAAAAACGAAAGAAAUGGUCCAACACCUCUACACCUGGCAGCACAGGCUUGCUCAUUGGAAACAACCACCUGUCUACUUUAUUUCAAAGCUGAUUACACACUUUCUGAAAAAAGAGGCUGGAUGCCAAUUCACUUUGCUGCUUUCUAUGACAAUAUCUGCAUCAUAAUUGUUCUCUGUAGGAAGGAUCCUAGUUUACUAGAAGCUGAGGCAACAGCUGAGAAUCAGUGUACUCCACUGUUACUUGCUGCCACUUCAGGAGCACUGGACACUAUUCAGUACCUACUUUCUCUUGGAGCUAACUGGAGAAAAACAGAUAUUAAAGGAAAUAAUAUAAUUCAUUUAGCAGUGCUAACCUUUCACACGGAAGUUCUCAAGCAUGUAAUAGAGUUAAAUAUUCCUGAACUCCCAGUUUGGAAAACUUUAGUAGAAAUGUUGCAGUGUGAAAGCUAUAAACGAAGGAUGAUGGCUGUCAUGUCUUUAGAAGUAAUCUGCUUAGCAAAUGAUGAAUACUGGAAAUGUAUUUUGGAUGCAGGCACCAUUCCUGCCUUAAUCAAUCUAUUAAAAGGUUCCAAAAUAAAAUUACAGUGCAAAACAGUUGGGUUAUUGAGUAAUAUCUCAACCCGUGCAAAGAUAGUGCAUGCUCUAGUAGAAGCAGGAGCUAUUCCAGCUUUGAUCAACCUACUGGUUUCUGAUGAACCCGAACUACAGUCUCGGUGUGCUGUCAUUCUAUAUGAUAUUGCUCAACUUGAAAACCAGGAUGUUAUUGCCAAAUAUAAUGGAAUUCCAGCUCUGAUAAAUCUUUUGAACUUAGACAUAGAAAGCGUGCUAGUAAAUGUAAUGAACUGUCUACGGGUAUUAUGUAUGGGAAACAAAAACAAUCAAAGAGCAGUGAGAGACCAUAAAGGCAUCCCGUAUCUUAUCACAUUUCUGAGUUCUGAGUCAGAUGUGUUGACAGCUGUAUCUUCUGUUACAAUUGCUGAGGUUGCACGUGACAAUAAGGAAGUUCAGGAUGCUAUGGCUAUGGAAGGAGCCAUUCCUCCUCUGGUGGCUCUUUUUAUGGGAAAACAACUUGGUGUUCAAGUGAAGGGUGCAAUGGCUGUGGAAGCACUGGCAAGUUACAACCCUGCUAUACAGAGAGCAUUUCUGGAAAAAUCACUAAGUAAAUAUCUUUUAAAACUCCUCAAGGCAUUUCAAAUAGAUGUUAAGGAACAAGGAGCUGUAGCACUUUGGGCCUUGGCAGGACAAACACUAAAACAACAAAAGUAUAUGGCAGAACAGAUUGGAUACAACUUUAUAAUAAAUAUGCUUUUAUCACCAUCAGCUAAAAUGCAGUAUGUUGGAGGUGAAGCAGUCAUAGCGCUAAGUAAGGACAGCAGGAUACACCAAAAUCAAAUAUGUGAAGGGAAUGGAAUUGCACCACUGGUUCGCUUACUAAGGAUUAGUAAAAUAGCUGAAGGAACACUUCUGAGUGUCAUCAAAGCAGUGGGAUCCAUCUGUAUCGGUGUCGCCCAUACAAGCAAUCCCAUUAGUCAACAGUUUCUUGUAGAAGAAAAUGCCUUUCCAGUACUUAUCCAACUACUGAGAAAUCACCCUUCUCCUAACAUUAAGGUUGAAGUGGCAUUUUCCUUGGCAUGCAUUGUCCUAAGGAAUGAUCAGUUACAGAAUGAAUUACAAGAAAAUGAAGGAUUUAAUUAUGCUGAUGUCCUUUAUCUUCUUCACUCACAAGAUAAGGAUAUUCGUUUAAGAGCAGGCUAUGCGUUAACCCUUUUUGCCUUCAGUAGUCGCUUUCAACAAUACUUAAUAUUGGAAAGUGGAAUAAUGACCAUAUCAACUUUUGAACCUUUUCUUGAAUCAACAUUUGAAACUGAGAAGGCAAUGGCAGCUUUUCAGAUUAUUAUAUUAGCUAAAGUCAUUAUAGACGUGGACCACAUUACUUUGACUGCAAGAGGUGUUACUAUUUUAGUUGAUAGUCUGUAUUCAGUUCAUUCCACUACUAUUGUCUUGACAGGGAAUUUAAUAGCUACCCUGGCUCAUUCUAGAGCUGGUAUUCCAGAAGCAUUUACCACAUUAGGGACAAUCCAACAGCUCUGCUAUCAUUUGUACUCAAGGCAAGAAGAGGUUCGCAUGGCUUGCUCCAGUGCUCUUGGCUACUUAACUUACAAUGCAAAUGCUUUCCGAAUCUUAUUAAAGGAAUGCAGGAAUAAGCCUAAUCAGUUCCUUCGUAUAACAAAGAAUAUCAGCAGAGAUGCAAGUAUAAACCCAGCAUUUUUAAAGGAAUUUCAAAUGCAACAAAGAGUGGGACUUCCUUCCUUAAGUCUGGAGAAAAAUGGAGGACCAUCCAUAAUUCCUGUCUUUAAAAAAGGGAAAGAGCACCGAAGAAAAUUAAAACCCAAAAUUCAACCAAGAGAUUCUUUGACUUUUAUACCUCCUGUAACUAACUUCAUGGGACUCUUCAAAACAAAAAAGACCACUGUUUCUCACAAUAGUUUUUCCUUUUCAUCUGCAAUUUCAUCAGAUAUCACAACUGUAUCAAGACCAAGAAUAGUGCUUUUGAGCCAACUUGGGAAACAUGUACAGAAAGCUAAUCCGGAGCCUGCAGAAGGCUAAUUAAAAACAUUUUAGUGUAAAAGGAUUCCUGAGCAAUCUUUUAAAAUUUUUUAUUUUUAAUUGUGGUAAAAUAUACAUAACUGAGUAAUCUUUUUGAAUGGAAGUUCUUGAUAUUGAUACUUAACAAAUUUUCCUUAGCAUGUCUACUGAAAUUUAACAUCAGGUCAGAAUUAUGGUUUCAAAAAAUAAGUAGAAUUUUCUAUAAUAGAAUGCCUGCACUUAAAACUAUUAAGAUAUAGGGGCUUCC